GGAAGCAUCCGUUUGAACAUCCACACCUCCACAGCCCUCGGACUGAGCAAGCCCACGCCUCAGAACUCCAAAUGCGGUUAAGUGACGUCAUAGGGUCGUGCAAACAAGAACAGAGGGAUAUGCCCCACGUGGGAACAUCAAGCUAGAGAAGCAAUCCCCUGCCUUUAACCUAUAAGCCUAGGAAACUACAAUGCCCAGAAGCCUCCACGAUCCACCCCGUCCUUCCUCUACCUUUCAUCCACCCUCUCUGUAGCAUGGCAACGGCAUGACGUGACCCGGGGACCCGAAUUGGAGCGGCAGCGGCCGCCGGCUUCAGUCUCAGCCAAGGGAGCUGACCGGGAGCACUGCUUGUGUGGCACAGCCCCCUGCCGCUCUAGGCCUGAUCUCCCUCCGGGGCGUCUUCCCUCCCCAGCUGCCUCUCCCAGCCUGCAAAGGUGGGGGGGCCAGACCGCUGCUGGAGGAGAGGGCGAAGAAGGCAGGAGCGCGCAUGGCGUUGGCGAGCGCGCGGAGGCUCCCCGCUGGAACGCGCGCGGCGGCCCGGCGCUGCUGCUGCCUCCGGCCGGGCGCGCACCCCGCCCCGCCCCCGGGCUCUCCGACAGGGCUGCAGCCAAUGAGGCUCUUGUCUUCCUGCAGCCUCUUGCUGCCCAGAGCUGCCCAGGCCUUGGGGGCUGAGGUCGUGCUUCCCCACAGCCGUUCUUUUAUGGGCUUCGCUUCCCCAUUCACCAACAAGCGCAAGGCAUACUCCGAACGCAGGAUUAUGGGGUACUCAAUGCAGGAGAUGUAUGAGGUGGUGUCCAAUGUCCAGGAGUACAGAGAGUUUGUGCCUUGGUGUAAGAAGUCCUUAGUGGUGUCCAGCCGAAAAGGUUACCUGAAGGCCCAGUUGGAGGUUGGCUUCCCACCUGUUGUGGAACGUUACACUUCAGCUGUCUCCAUGGUCAAACCUCAUAUGGUCAAGGCUGUCUGCACUGAUGGCAAACUCUUCAACCAUUUAGAGACCAUCUGGAGAUUCAGCCCUGGUCUUCCUGCCUACUCCCGAACUUGCACUGUGGACUUUUCGGUUUCUUUUGAGUUUCGCUCGCUGCUCCACUCUCAGCUGGCCACCAUGUUCUUCGAUGAGGUUGUUAAACAGAAUGUUGCUGCCUUUGAGCGCCGAGCAGCCACAAAGUUUGGUCCAGAGACAGCCAUCCCCCGUGAACUCAUGUUGCAUGAGGUGCACCAUACUUGAGACCAGCCCCAUAACUUACUUGGUUUGAUACAUGCUCCACCCUCUGGGGCACGUCAUGUUUAUGUCUGCCUCCCUGCCCCCUGCCCUAUAGUUCUGGCUCUCCAAGCAGAGAACUCAGGAAUCUGGAGUGAGCUCCUCAAUUAGAUGCCAAGGGGUAAGGGAGAUGCCUGUUUCCUUCUGGAAACUGAACUCAGAAUUGCUGGGAUUUUACAUCUUUGGUUGCGUCUAGGUUGUGAGCUAGGGCUCCAUUCCCUAACUUAUGGUGGUGCCUCAGCGUCUCUGGAAGGAUAAAGCAAUCCCAGGUCUCCAGUAAAGCUAUAUUACACUGUUCCUCUCGUUAAGGAGCUAAGGGGAUGGAGCAGUUCUUAUUGUCUUGAUAAAGAAGCCUUAAGAGGGAAAAGGUACUUCCAUUUUGGAAUCCAAGUAUAUGAGGUUCUAUUUAAAGUCUGCUUUCCAAAAAAGGAAAAUUUCCCCCACCUGGCUAAUAUAUGUAGGAUGUCAGCGGAGUUUAUUUCCCUUUCCAGAGUAGAGGGGAGGUUUUGAGUAAAGUUGUACUUACUUCUAGCCUGUCCCUUUCUUCCACCUGGGCUGAGUGUUUUGAUGAAGAGCUAAUAAACCAAUUGUGUGGAUUUGGUUUUGUAAUGCUUUUUAGGUAAGGAAUACAGGGCAAGAAGAGAACUCAGUGGAGGAAAAAGGUAGCCCUGUACGUACAACAGUGUCUUUGGACACAGUGUCCCUGCUAACUAUAGCCCCACAUUCCCCUGGCUGGGGCUUGCUAUCCAGGCCCUUCUUCACUAUUUAUAGCCUCUCUUCAGAAGGUCAAUUGUAGCAGGAACCUAGUGGGGGAAGGGGUUGGGAGGUAGUGGCACAAGUGAGAAGGGAUCCAGACCAGGAACCAAAUGGAGUCUCAAACUCGUCCCAGGAGCAAGAACCAUUAGACCUUUUUUUGUUUUGAUGGCCUCUCUGCCGUUAUGACAAAGAAUCCCAUAGACACUCUUAAAAUUAUGUCUUUAAAUGCAAAAAAAUAAAAUACAUGUGAGUACAAAGGAAAGUCAAUUAUAGUGAAGUCAAGUUAUCAAAAUACUAAAGAAAAGUUCACCUUGGAACCCCACUGGGAAACAGAAGACCUGGGCUCCAGUACCACUUCCAGCACUGCCUAGCUCUUUGAACCUCAGUUUCCUUGUCCAUAAAAUAGUGAUAAUUUCUAGCACUAAUAAUAACCACACAAGAAUUGGCUCAAAGGACUUACUUUAAAGCACUGUACGUAUAUGUCAAGUGUCCUACUAGUUCUCGAAGGCUAUUGCCACUCAAGCCUGUACCACUGUACUUCCCCCACCCCUAAGAUACCUGUAAUGAUACUGUAGCCAUUUUCUGGCAAGAGGGCAGAAUUAUCAGCCCUCACCCCCGAGGUCAUGCGUGCAUUUAACUCCUUUCACCCAGCGAACUGGGUAAAAAGAUGAUAAAGGUUGGGAAUUAAUGUUCAACAAACUUCAUAGACCGCCCCCCCCCCCACUACC